CGCCUAGUUUUUGGGUGGUUGUUGGUUAGUUAGACAGUACAGUAGUAUGAUUGAAACGAUUUUUAAUCUCUUGUCUGUUACUAUGAUUACAAAUUUUGAUAUCACGGAAACAUUCUAGUAAAACAUUGCGAGUCUAAAGUAUGUCGUGAUGAACUGUAAGCCGUUUUUUUCAAUGAAACAUAUUUCUUGUAAAACGUAGUGACACAUUGAACCUUAUGUUUGUGGUCAACGAUGAUAGUGUAACAAUAACAUUGGACUUUGUAAGGAAGAAUUUACGUUAAGGCUUCUUAUUAUCAAAAACACGAUAUCAUUGCAUUAAUUCAGUACGAUGUCUAUGUAAAACUUAUUGUAUAUGUUUUAUGCAAUGAAAGGACAAUGUCAUCCGACAAGGAUAAGUGUGUCAAAGAAGGUUAUGUGUGGUUACCACCCCAAGGCGUUCUCAGUCAACUAAAGUUUCAGAAAUCUUGGCAAAGAAAGUACUGCAAACUCUACAAGGCGAGCAAGUAUGGUAUCGAGAGACUGGAAGUGUUCGAUAGUGAAGAAGAAGCUAUGAAGACGUCACUGAUGCCGAUCAUCACCUUAGAGAACUGUAUAAAAAUAACUGAAGACACUCAGAAACAUAACCAGCCCCAUGUAUUUUUGGUGGUGACGAAGACCAACAUCCAGCACUUUGCUGCUAACUCAGAGGAGGAUAUGUGGCAAUGGGUGACGGCCCUCCAGUCCGUAGCCUUCAAGGACUCUGUGUCCCGACAGACGAUUGAGGAGGACAAUGAACUCUACUGCUCAUCAGAAGAUUCGGGAGUAUUCAGUGUGAGACUGGUGGCUUCCGAGGCUUCAGAGCGGUGUGGGCUGGCCCCUGGUCCUUAUACAUUAGUGGUGACGCAGUCGGCUCUACACCUUCGAGAUGACCAGAGGGUGCUAUACAUCUGGCCGUACCGAUUCAUCCGCCGUUAUGGCCAUCGUCAGGGCAAGUUCACCUUUGAGGCUGGCCGCAAAUGUGAAAGCGGUGAGGGCACAUUCCACAUGGAACACUCCAAUCAGCAGGAGAUAUUCCGUUGCAUAUCCUCUAAGAUGAAGAACAUGAAGAAGUUAUUGACGGGUGAGUCCUUGUCUUCUCCAGCCAUACUCUGUGGUGACAACCAGUUCCACGCUGCCCUGAACAUGAUGGCUCGCUCUCGCAGUCCUCUACCACCCUCUCCAACAGGAUCUACACCACUGUUGGACGCUGAACUGUGUUCAAUAUCUUCAGCUAAACCACUCAUACCAGUUCCAGUAGAACCACUACAGCGUAGUUUGAAACCUCCUCUGCCAUUCAAACCGAAACCAAUGAAACCCCCACGUAAAAAUUUACCUGCAAUAACGGUUAAUGAUUCCGAUGAGAAUUGCAGUAAGGAACAUCAGAACCAGAAUGCUGACAAUUGUGCUGAUUAUGACGACAUUGAAGUGAGGAAUGAUGCAUGGAAAACUAUGGGGCUCGGUGUGAUGCCUCACUCGGAGCGUCCAUUUUCUUCAAGAACUGAAGAACCAUUGGAGAUGCAGACCAAUUGGCAACAAUGUGAGGAACAUCAUUAUGAUAAGCUCCAACACCUUGGACCCACGAAUAAACCCCACCCUCGACCUGGCUACAGACAGAUAGUCGGUAUUGCACCGGCCUUGCCUCCUCCAUGCGCAUCUGAAGAUACUGUGAGGGCGGCGGAUGAUUCUCAUCUAGGCUAUGGUGUCAUACGCAAGAAACCUGUACCUGCCGAGGAGACUCAGCCAGCCAAUGUUGGCCCGCCUCACCAGGUAUACAACAACAUGGAGUACGCUAUUGUCUGUAAACCAAAUAGAGUGUGAGAGUCAUAGUUAUAACCUAUGUUAGUUUUAUAUUUGGAUUAGCCUUUUGAAUUGUAAGCAAGGUGUUAAUAAUUUAAAGUAUAUAUAAAAUGUUACUGAAUAUUUAUAUAUUUUACACUAUAUCAAAUAUAUAUUUUAUAUUUUAAAAGCUUUAACAUUGUACAUUGUGCAAAAAUUUAUAAAGAAGUGAGAUUGUUUCAAAAUAUAUGCUAGUUUUAAUGUCUCUAUUACAAAUUAUAACUAGAGGAUAUGUUUAUUUUAGAAGCAAAGGUUGGAAUCACUGAUUCUGAUUUUAAAAUAUACAUAUUGGAUAAAUUUUAAAAAUUAUCUUAGCUUUGCAUGUGAAAACCUUGUUCUCUCAUGUGUUGGGAAUGUUCUAUUAAUGUAAUGUAAGUUACGAUUUUACUACAAAAUUUCAAUUUUGGAAAUUUACUUAAGUUGACUUUAGUGAACAAUAAAGUUAUCUUGUCAUGUGAUGAAAUUUAUUUUUCAGAAAGGCGUGUUCAUGUGUAUUUUAUUUGGUCUUGUCUAAAUUAUUAUUUCUUAAUAUUUAAAUGUUUCAAUCUCAACCUAGUACGUACCUUUAAUAUUAUGUGUAUUAAAAAAUAUUUUUGUAAAAAUCCCCACAAAGAUUUUCUUAUGUUAGUCAUUAGUCUACAAUUUCCCAGUAAUGUUAUUAAAACAUUUUGUAGUAAUGUUUUUGUGAAUAUAGUUGAUGUGUAUCUGGAUAUUUCAUUUGAAAUAAGUUAAACUAAUGUAUUUUUACUGUACAGUUUAUGUACUUUAUUUUAGUAUGCAAUAUUUGUGCAAUUUAUACAUUUUUUUUAUUCUUAGGUUAAUAUAUUAGUAUAGCUUAGUUGUGCUUAAGCUUUCAUUCAAAAAUUAAGUAAUGUCUUACUUUAAUAUUACUUAACAGAUCCAAGUUAGAACUUAAAGAAAAAGAUUCUUCAUAAAAAUAUUAAACAUUUAUUUAAAUAAUAGGACAUUACUAAUCUUUGGCUGAUUAAAUAGGUACCAGUAUAUUGUAGUUUAUUACAAGUAUAUUAUUAAACAGAUGUAAUACUCCUAGGAAAUAAUUAAUUAAAUAUUUUACAAUAUUUCUAUAAUUUGUAUUUAAACUGUGAAAGUCAGUAUGAACAAUGAAAAAAUGCAAUGAAUUCUUCAUUAUAUUUUGUUUACUUACCGGAAAAAUGUGCUCCAACCUUUUAUAAACUAAUUUACAACAAAUACCAUUCCAUAAAAUAUUAUCAAAAAACAAAAUAAAUGUUAAAAUAUACUAAUAUUUAUAAUAACCAAUAGCAUCUUUGGUUAAAGAAAAUUUAAAGCAUAGCAGAUUCAAAAUAAACAUUGUUUUUCGAGAAAUAACAAUUUGACACUUGCUUUUUAUGGGAGAUUUUUUCAAUGGCUGUAAACAGGAUUUUUUUGUGUAGAAGCUUAUAAACACAAGAUACAGAAGAUUGUGAAGAAAAUUCCUUUCUUACUACAGAAACUGCCUUAACUUCUAAACAAGUUAAAGUACUUAUUUUUAUAGUGUUGUGUUUUAACACUACUCUAUCUAGUGGUUUAAGUAGCUUUUGUCCAUUAGUAAUAGUAAAUUUGUUUUAUCAUCUGUUGGAAAUGAAUUGUAUUUUAUAUGGAUUCUAGUUAUUGUAUUUAUUGUUCUUGUUCAUAGUUUUGUAUUUUGUGUAAAUAGUGCUAACUGGUGCUAUAUAUACUUCAGACUGUUACCAUGUACUUUCAUUUGUUAUACAUUUAUGUACAUAUUGUAUUAAUGUGUUGUUGUAGUAUUGUACUUAUUGUAAGGUGCCAUGGUCUCAUUUUGUACCACUGCCUUUACUCAAAUUAGGCAUACAUGAAAAUAAUUGCUGAAACGUAAUUAUAAUCACAAAUUACAUGUUGGUGGCGUUGGAGCACACAAAAUAAAUGCACUUUGUGUAUUGCGUUAGUCACCCGUUCACUAUUAGGUUAAGGUUAGUCUAAAAGCUUUAUAUUUGAUAUUUGACUGUUUGUGUUUCAUUGUGUCCUAACACAAUAUAUUAAGCGGCCAACGUAAAUAAUUCUCACCCAUGUAGUAUUGAACAGAGAUAGACCUCCUUCAUCUUGUUGCUCUUUUUAUUGAUUGCAAACAACAAAGUAUCACAUAAGUAUCACAAAGUAUCAUUCUAUGAAGUGUGUAAAUUUUUUUUUUCUCUACUGGUGCUUAAUUUGUUUAAAAAAAUUGUUCACUACAAAAUCUAAACAGUACAGCUUAACUACUACAAAGACAGUUGCAUGGAUUUUUUAGUAAUUUCUACUAUAAUGUAAUAAAUAGAUUUUACUAUUAGUCUUCUCUGUAUCUUCCUUUCUUGUCUCAGGGUUUGACUCAGCUUUCCUCACUGUUUUGUCUCACCAGCUCUCUUCUGGGCUUUCAUAAAGAAAUGUUUUGUGGUUUAGAUCCAUGGUUUUUUAGUAUAAAUUCGGUAAAACUUAAAAAGUCAAUAAAGUAAAAAAUGUAUUCAAGUUAACUAUGCUUACAUGUAAAAUUUGUUUUGAACAAUUGAUAUACUUGUUAGUUUAAACUAUGUAUAUACUAUCUAAUUUAAAAUGGUUAGAUGUUGAAUGUUUUAAAUUAACAUAUGUAAAAGUACAAACUGUAUUACAUUUCCUCCAAACUAGCUAAAAUUUACUCAAAUUUCACCUAUGAAGUUAGUUGGUGCCAGUAACAUUUAUGCAUGUAUUUCUACCUUCACCACAAAUACUGUCUUAAAGUGACCGAUAAAUCGUAGUUACGUAUUUGUUUUUAAAUUAUUUUUUGUUAUUUUUUUUAAUCAUGAUUAAAAGCUUCUUACAUGUAUA